AAUAAAAAUCUCUCUUCUUCAUUUUCCCUUCCUUCCAUGACCAACCGCCAGCAGCAUUACCUUUAGUUGCAGAGAAAGAAAAAAAAAAGAAAUUUCAAAUCCGAGAGAGAGUUUCUGUUUAGAAGAAUUAGUGAUACAUCGAAAAAAUGCUUCUACGCAGCGCAUCAACGCCAAUACUAAACUCAUGGAAACCACAACCAGAACCAGAAAGCUUCCACCAAAUCCAGAAAGCACCCCGAUCAAUUACAUUAACAGCAUGUUGUAAUUCUUCAAGUUCAUUAUCUUCUUCUUCUUAUACAUCUGAGGAUUCUGUUAAAAAAAUGACAAGAGCAUUAUCGGAGACGGAUCUUAAACAAUUCUCAGUGCUUAAAAAGAAGCAACCCAUAAACAACAUCAUUAUGGAUGGGAUCACUUUUGAAGAGGAGGUGGAAGCGGAUCAGAUGACGUUUUCUGGUUCUGGGUUGAGUUUGGACUCUAGUUUUUUGUUUAAUGAGGAGGAGGAGUGUGAGGUUGGGAAGAUUCAGGAUAAUGGGCUGUCGGCUUUUGUUGGUGGUGGUGUUGGCGGCGGCGGGAAGAUCUGUGGCGCUGGUGAUAGUGGUGGUCGUGGUGGUGAUGGAAGCACAGAUCUUUAUUAUCAAAAUAUGAUUGAAGCUAAUCCAGGCAAUUCGCUGUUCCUUAGCAAUUAUGCUAGGUUCUUGAAAGAGGUUCGUGGAGACUUUAUAAAGGCUGAAGAGUAUUAUGAGAGAGCAAUCUUAGCAAACCCCAGUGAUGGAAAUAGUUUAUCUAUGUAUGCUGAUUUGAUAUGGCAGAGCCAUAAGGAUGCUUCUCGGGCUGAGACAUAUUUCGAUCAAGCUGUUAAAGCCUCCCCUGAUGACUGUUUUAUUCUGGCAUCAUAUGCUCGGUUUCUAUGGGAUGCGGAAGAAGAUGAGGAGGAUGGGAAAGAGGAAGAAGACAUAACUAAAUCUUCACCACUGACUCAAUUCCAUGGAGCACCUCCUCUCCCCCCUUUAGCUGCUGCUUCUUAAGCGCCAUAACUAUGUCAUAGCUUGGAUUUAACUUCUGACUUCUGUUUAUAUAUAUCCUUCCGUUUAGGCCUUUUCCCUUUGCUGAGAUGAGUUAUUUUAACCAUCUAUGUUUUUGCCCUGUUUAUGACUGAGCCAUGCCAUGUAGAAAAGCAAAUAAGAAAUGGAGUGAAAUUUUAUUGGAAAA